GAGCAUCAGUCGGUUAAUGCCGCUGUGUACGUGUACUUGUGUGAGUUCUGUCUCAAACUCUCAUCCAUUCAAGCACAGCACAACAGAGAGGAGGACAACACUUGGACAGUCAUCCUGAACCUUCCAAAAUACACUUCAUUCACAUACUAAUUCAAACAUCUUCCAGCAUGUUCUCCCAAUAUAAAAUCUUGUCGUUGAUGAACUGCCUGUUACUCCUGACGAUGAUGUUUCCUGUGGUCCAGUCGCGUCGGGGCGGGGGCUUCGGGCGCGGAGGAGGCCGAGGUGGAGGAUGGGGUGGCAGCAGCUCCGGUCGCGCAGGCUGGGGAGGAGGCGGUGGACAUUACCGUGCCCCACCAGCUCACAACGGAGGCUCCUUGGGACACAGCACUGGGAAGGUAGCAGGGGCGGCCGCCGCCGGAGCUCUAGGGGGAAUGCUGGUCGGACAUGGCUUGAGCUCCUUGGCCCGACCUGGAUAUGGGUACGGGCAUGGGUAUGGAGGAUACGGAGGCUAUGGUGCGGGAUAUGGGCAUGGCCAUGGGUACGGCCACGGUCACGGACACGGGCAUGGACACGAAGGACACAAUGAGACAGAUGUGGAAUAUUACACAGAUGCUGCCAGUUCUGGACCCAUUUAUAGCUGUGUGACAGUUUUUGGACUCGUGAUCUCAUUCUUAUUUGGGUACUUUCUGUCAUAAGGGCCACUUGGCAUGGGUCAAUCUUGGGGACCUUCUUGCAUCUGUCACUUCUUUCAAUACAAAAAUAAUCCAACAAAAUAAAAAUAUGGAACAUGGACUAAAUGCAAUUUAGCAACUCUGUGCGUGAUCUCUGCCCAAGUUUUGUGUUAAAUUGACAGCAGAAAACAAGGUUGCAUUUGCUUGACUGGCCACUGUUUCCAAUGUUUUUUUGUUUCUGAAGCGAGAGUUAAGCACAUGCCUCAGAAGCCUGUAGAUUUUGUUUUCCAGAUUGUUGAUUUUUAUAAACGAAUAAUGUAGUUUUUUCAUGAUUAGUUGAUGUGAAUAAUG